GGAAAUGGGGCGUUGCUGAUAAUUCAACGGAGCCCUAGCAUGGUUGUUUGUAGUUGUUUGUAAAGACAGACAUAGGUUCGAAGUCGAGUCUCGACUCAUGAUGACAUGGCAGUCAGUUGCGGCACUGACGCAGGACACCGUCAGUCGUAGGACACGUAUCGUUACCUACGUUGCCUUUCCGCCUGAUCGGUUGUCUGCUAUGUCAUAAGACGUGACUAUCCAUUAUUCUGAUCCAAAAUCUCUGAAUUCUACUCAUGAAUGCUACUCGUCCUCCCGUGCUAGUCGUAGGUGCUGGGCCAGCAGGUCUGGUGACAGCAUUAACGCUUCUCCAGAACGGCAUACCAGUUCGGAUCAUUGACAAAGACCCCAACCCUCGAAUCGGACAGCGUGGUUCCGGAAUCUGGCCACGCUCCCUUGAACUCUUCAACUUCCUGAAUGUUUCAGAAGUCAAUGAGUUAGCGAGACCCAUCCCUAUAGUCCAUUCCCACAAGCCUGGGACGUUGGAAUUUGCGACAGAAUCUUCGAUGGUCCCGCAUAUGGAACGUACCCCUGCGAUACCAUUUCACGUUCCAAAGAUGAUAGGUCAACAACUCUUAGAUGUGGUUCUGCGACGCCACCUAGAGAAGUUCUCGUGCACUGUCGAGAUGGGCACCGAAUUGCGUUCGUUUGAGCAGUCUGACGAAGGUGUCAUGGUUGUGCUAGCAAAGGACGGCAUAUCGGAGACUUUCGAUACUAAGUGGGUGAUCGGCGCUGAUGGUGCUAAAAGUAUCGUGCGUAAACAACUUGGGCUUACAUUCUUAGGCCAGACUAGAGACGACGUCCGAAUGGUCGUGGGAGAUAUUCGUUUACAUGGCGUCGGUCUUGACAGAUAUUGGCACCGAUUUGGAAACUUUGAACGAGGCACCUCAUUGCGUCCAACAGACGAAAUCGGCGAGGAUGGCUGGCAAUUUUCUAUCAUCAAUAAUGGUCUAGACCUGACAAAGGUCGCUCCGAGUGAAGAGCUGAUCUUCGAGACUAUCGCAUCAGCAAUACCUACUGAGGUCACAUUCAACAAGCUCGUCUGGGCGAGCGAGUUCAGGGCCAACGUCCGCAUGGUAAACAAGUUCAGCGAGGGCCGAGUUUUUGUUGUGGGCGAUGCUGCUCAUGUCCACAGUCCAACCGGCGGUCAGGGACUCAAUUCAGGUAUACAAGAUGCUUUUAAUCUAGGUUGGAAACUUGCGCUUGUCGAAAAAGGACUCGCCGACAAGUCUCUUCUUGAGACGUAUAAUGCCGAGCGUCUGCCUGUCAUUUCCGAGAUGCUUGAGAUGACCACCACGAUUCUCAACAGCAUGAUAAAGACAAGCAACAUGAUUACCGCACAAGAUCCCAUCCUUUCCAUGCUUGGUAUCAAUUGCCGAUCCAGUGACAUCGUUCUUGACGAGUUUGCAGUUCCAGGGAAGCCUAUCAAUGCAUAUGGUGUACUUGACGAGGGGCAGCUGGAGGCUGGAGACAGGGCACCUGAUGCACCAAAUUUGGUUCAGGUUGGAGGUGGAAAAUCUGACGUGACGACGCUUUUUAGUCUGUACAGACCUUGGUAUCACACUGUGCUUGUGUUCGCGCCGAGUCUUGCAGAUGCUACCCCGAUCUUGGGCGCACUGGAGGCAUACGACACAGGCAUCGUGCGAUCAGCAGUCGUUCUGCCUUCAUCAGCGACAGGUACUGCUGUUGCAUCCCAUGCUGACCUCGUUCUUGUUGAUGAGAAGGGCCAUGCUCAUUCGGCUUACCUCGUGGAAGCUGGUCAGACGAGGGUGUUUGUGAUACGGCCUGACGGAGUGGUUGGGGCGAUCGUACAUGGUGCAGAAGGUGUGAAGAAGUAUUUUUCCACAAUAUUUUUAGAUGUUUAGUGGCCCGAUUUUUCGUCCUUCACUUAUGACUUCUUCAUUGUUCAAGCACUGCUUAUUCUUAUAUAUAUAUAUCUCAUUUAUAUUGUAGCACGUUUGUAACUGAAAAUGAAAGCAACACGACACCAACUUUCUGUUAAGCAA